AUGCCUUAUAAUUUGGUAGACAAAGAAGGAUUUAAACUAUUUGUUAACGCUUUAAAUCCUAGUUAUCGACUGCCUAGCCGAACCACAUUGUCUAAUAGAAAAAUUCCAGAUCUAUUCAAAGAAACUAAAAUGAAAGUGGAAAGCAUUUUAUCUAAAACAAUAUACCUUGGGUGUCAAGAUAUGUCAGACAAUCAUACAGGAGAAAAUUUGGCAGAUGCUAUACAGCUAAUCUUACUAGAGUAUGAUCGAGAAAUAAAUGUUGGUAUUGGAGCGAUAACAACUGAUAAUGGGGCUAAUGUAUUAAAAGCAACGGCCAUUAGAGAAUUGUCCAUUGAGCAACGACGCUAUGGGUUACCAACUGUGAAAUUUCCAACAUAUUCAAAAACAAGGUGGUGGUCAUUGUUAGACCUAAUAGAAAUAGCCAUAUCUCAAGAAUUAGCAUUAGCAUCGUUUCUAAGAAGUUAUAAAAAUGGCAUUCACAAAGACAAAAUGUAUAAUGAAGAAGAAAUGAUUGUCUUAAAAACAUUAAUACAUGUUUUACAGCCUAUUCGACAAAUUUCAGACAAUCUUGCAGGUGAAACAUUUGUAACAGCAUCAGCAAUUAUACCAGUCAUAAAAAUUGAAGAAAAUAAACUAACAGAAACCGCAACUAAUGAUAGUGAAAUUAAUAUUGAUCAAACAUUGAAAAAAACAGUUCUUCAAACAAUAGUUGAUUUGCUUCAUGUUCGUUACAAUAAUAAUUAUAUUUUAAAAAUGUGUACAGUGCUUGAUCCUAGAUUUAAGUUUGACGUGAUUUCUUUGGAAACUCAUGAUGCAGAAACCUCAGCAAUAAAAACUCUUAUUAAAGAAGAAUGUAUUGAAGCUUGGGAAUAUUGGAUAAAAACUUCAAAUAAUACAUUAAUUAUUGAUUCCGAACCACGAACAAAAAAACAAAAUGUAGGAUUGACCGCAAUAUUUGAUACAUUUAAUCAAACACAAUCUACUGAUAGAGAAAUUUCAUUAUCUGAUGGAAUUGAUAAAGAGAUUGACGCUUAUUUUCAAGUUCCAAAAAUCAAAAGCUCUUCAACAUGGUGGUUUUCAAAUGAAAGUAUGUUUCCAAAGCUUCAUAUUAUGGCUAGAAAAUACUUGUGUAUACAAGCUACAAGUGUGCCCAGUGAACGAGUCUUCAGUAGAGCUGGAAAUAUUGUUACGGAUCAUAGAGCAUCAUUAAGUGAUGAACACUGCUCACAACUGAUAUUUUUAUCUAUGAACAAGAAGUUCAUAGAUAAACCGUUUUCUUAA